AUGUCUCUUGCAAGUAAUUACCAUUCACAUAAGCCAAAUGUGCCCAUUAUAAUGGAAGAUGUAUUUGGUUGGGUACGCGAAGGUAAUACGUUUCAAGUACGCGUUUGGCUUGAUGAUAGUGAACACGAUCUCAAUAUUGGCGACGAUCACGCAUUUUCAUUGCUUCAUUGGGCAUCCAAAGAAGGACAUGUUGCAAUUGCUGAGUUGUUACUUUCACGAGGGGCACGUGUAAACGCAACAAAUAUGGGCGAUGAUACAAGCUUACACCUAGCUGCAGCCCAUGGAAAUCGUGAAAUUGUGGUGAAAUUACUUAAUCGAAAAGCAGAUGUGAAUGUAGCAAAUGAACACGGAAUGACACCUCUACAUUACGCAUGCUUUUGGGGUUAUGUGCAAAUCUGUGAGGAUCUUAUCCGAAGUGGUGCUGUAAUAGGAGCUUGCAAUAAGAAAGGGCAAACACCACUUGAUGUCUGCCAGCCGCAAGCUCGUAACGCAGUUGCAGAAAUUGCCCGAGAACAUGGACAAAAUAUUAAUGAAAGGAUACCAUUCAAAGAUCACACCUGGAAAGGAACAAAAACCCGCACUAGAGAUGCUACGCUUUCAAGGUACACAGGUGUUGAUAUGGCAUCUCUAAGUUUGUCGAUGAAAAUAGCCGAAUCUCACAGUGGUGAAUUAUGGCGUGGCAAGUGGCAAGGGAACGAUAUCGUGGCUCGAAUUUUAGCACUACCUGAAGUAACUCCACGUAUAAGUCGUGAUUUUCAAGCUGAAUUCCCUUCUUUAAGGCAUGCAUUCUUUUCGCAAAUAUUUGCCCAUUCGAAUAUAUGCCCUGUUUUGGCCUGCUGCAAUCAGCCACCAAAUCUUAUUGUUAUCAGUCAGCUGAUGCCGUUUGGUUCACUUUAUAAUGUAUUACACGAACAGACAGCAGUUGUAAUCGACCAAGCACAAGCGAUAAAGUUUGCUUUGGAUAUAGCGCGUGGUAUGUCAUUUCUUCAUUCGUUGGAUCCACUGAUUUUGAGGUAUUACCUGAGUUCGAAACAUGUCGUAGUUGACGAAGAUCUCACAACAAAAAUUUCAAUGGCCGAUACGAAAUUCAGCUUUCAAGAAGUAGGCAGGUUAUAUUCUCCAGCGUGGAUGUCACCGGAAACGUUAAAGUACUCACCAUCAGAUCUAAACAUUAGAGCAGCUGAUAUGUGGAGUUUUGGUGUUUUAUUAUGGGAAAUGAAUACCCGAGAAGUACCAUUUUCAGAUCUUUCUCCAAUGGAAAUUGGAAUAAAGGUUGCACUAGAAGGACUACGUGUCCCAUUUCCACCCGGAAUAUCACGAAAUAUGGGACGUUUGAUGAACAUUUGUUUAAAUGAAGAUCCUGGUCGGCGACCGAAUUUCGAUCAAAUAAUACCAAUAUUAGAAAAAAUGGCUCAAUCAUAA